CAGCCAUUACGCCGUUAUUUAGGGAGCGAUCUAAACAUUAGUAAAGUUACAGUUUUUAGAACAGUUUCAAGAAAAACAUGAGUUAUACGAUUUUAUAUAAAAAACAGGCCAGGAUUGUUUGCUAUUAAUUAGAAUAGGAUGUUUUUUACUAUUUUUUAUGUAGCAAACGGCAUUUUGGUGUUAUUUGUAAUAUGUUUGGGUCUGUCCUUGUAUUGCCUACGACAGUUUUUAAGGUCCAGAAAGUCCAAACUUGGAGCCAGAAAUAUAAAUGUUGUGAACGUUGGCAUAUUCCAUCCAUAUUGCAAUGCUGGUGGUGGAGGGGAAAGAGUAUUAUGGUGCGCUGUAAGGGCAUUACAGGCCAAAUAUGAUAACAUUAAAAUUAUAAUAUACACUGGCGAUAUUGAGAGUUCCCCUAAUACGAUCUUGGAGAAAGCGGCAAACGUUUUUAAUAUUAAUAUAGACAAGGACAGCGUUACAUUUGUAUAUUUGAAGUUCCGACAUUGGGUUGAAGCGAAUAAAUAUCCCUGUUUCACUCUUCUUGGGCAGAGUGUUGGUUCUAUGUUGUUAGGAUUAGAAGCUUUGUGCAAAUUUCCACCCGACAUUUAUUUAGACACUAUGGGGUAUGCGUUCACUUUGCCCUUAUUUCGAUUUAUUGGAAGCUGUAAAGUCGGUUGUUAUAUUCAUUAUCCAACAAUCAGUACAGAAAUGUUACGAAGAGUUCAAAUGCGAGAGUACUCUCACAACAACCUUAACUAUGUAGUUCGUAAUCCAUUUCUUACCUGGAUUAAGGUUACAUACUAUAAACUCUUUGCAAAGAUUUAUAGUUUAGUCGGACGAAGUUCUGAAACUAUAAUGGUGAAUUCAUCUUGGACCGAAAAUCAUAUUCUAAAUUUGUGGAAAGUACCGUUCAAAACCCAUCGCGUAUAUCCCCCUUGCGAGGUUAAGGACAUUAAAAGUCUAACGCGUGUACAAAACCCGAAUGAGAUUAUCAUAUUAUCUGUUGGACAAUUUCGACCGGAGAAGGAUCACCCCCUACAAUUACAAUCCAUGUACGAACUUCGUACGCAACUGAACCGAAACGAAGAGCUUUGGAAUAAAAUAAAGUUAAUUAUUGUCGGGUCGUGCAGAAACGAAUCCGAUUACGAACGUUUGAAGAAUAUGCAAGAUCUUACAAAACAUUUAUCGUUGGAAAACAGUGUUGAAUUUAAAGUAAAUGUGUCCCAUCAUGAACUUAUGCAAUUGUAUAAAUCUGCAAGCAUCGGCAUUCAUACAAUGUGGAAUGAACACUUCGGUAUAGGAAUAGUAGAAUGUAUGGCUGCAGGCCUUAUUAUGGUCGCACAUAAAUCUGGUGGUCCGUUGUUAGAUAUAAUCGAAACGGCAGAAGGGUCGCAAAAUGGGUUUUUGGCGGCAGAUGCAACCGAAUAUGCCAACAACAUUUUGGCUAUAAUAUUUAACUCUGACGAGGGGAAUGAAACUAUAAGAAAUGCUGCCAGGUCUUCCGUUGAUAGGUUUUCGGAAAAGGAGUUCGAAACCAAUUUUCUUCGUGCAAUUAUUCCACUUUUCAACAAGGACAAGAAUUAGGGUUUCUUUACAAUUAAUAAAUAUAUGUUAUUACCGAUCAAA